AUGAGACCCCCAUUCUCCUACAGUAAUCUUCCAUUUGGUUCACCUUCGAUAAAUAAUACAUAUUCACCGCAUGAUUGUUGGCUUGCUCAAACACAUCCAUUGAAAUAUCGAAACGAAACAGAUUCAGAAAUGCGCUAUCAUCGUACAACAUCAUACAACAAUGAUGAACAACAACAACAACAACAGCAACAACAAUCAACAUCAUCAUGUCUGUUAGGAAAACAAUCAAUUUCAUCUAAUUCUUCUCCAUCGACUGCGAGCGCUGCAGCUGUGGCCGCCGCUGCUUAUUUAAAUCUUAAUUUUGGAAAUUCAAUGGAUCGUGAUCGACAGAAUAUUCAACAUUUUGGACAUUCAGUAGUGCCAACACUUUCACCCUCACACAUAUCGACAGCAUCUCAAAUUGGUUUUAUACAGGCAUCACAACAACAGCAACAACAAAAUAAAGUGUUUGAUGAACAAACAAAUACACAAUCGAGUCCAAAAGCCUCAUCAUCAACAUCCUCUUCAAAUGAAUCGUCUACACCACCUGAUGGAAUAUCAUCGAAACUUCGUAAAGAACGAACAGCAUUUACUAAAGCACAAAUUCGUGAAUUAGAACGAGAAUUUUUAAAACACAAUUAUUUAACACGUUUAAGACGAUACGAAAUAGCCGUUACACUUUCAUUAACAGAAAGACAAGUGAAAGUUUGGUUUCAAAAUCGUCGAAUGAAAUUCAAACGUGUCCGUGGAGCAGUUUUGGCAAAAAUUGAUAAAGUAAAUCAAAAAUUGAAUAAAGCUUAUUUUAAUGAUGAUGGAGAUGAGGAAGAAGUCGAAGAUAAUACGACUGAAAAUGAUGGUGGUGACAGUAAUAGUCAAUCUAAUUUACAACAACAUUCAGAUUAA